GAACCGCGAGCGCCGGGGGCUGCCUCGCCCCGAGCCGCGCUGGCUCCUCCGGGCUCCAGGAGGCGCCGUGGCGCAGCGCGAGGCCGCUAGGCUGCGGCUAGAGCGGAGCCCCGACACCCUCCCGCCCCCGCGCAUAUGGAAGGAAGCGGCGCGCGCAGGCCCGAGAGCCCGAUGGCGCUGAAGGAAGGUGCCGCGGGCGCCGCUGCCUCCAGGGAGCUGCUGUCCGUGGGGAGCGGAGGAGGUAGUAUUCAUGACACACUGUUGAUUAACUCAAAACAUGCUGGCAAAAAGGUCACAAAUUUAGAGACAGUAAGGAUACCAAGAAGUAACAUUUUGGACAGAGUUCAGAGCUUUCUACCGCAGAUGGCCCUUGCAAACAAUGAGCUAAGAAGAGAAAUGGCAACAGCACCAGCUCAUCAGUUUGAUAUUGAAAAUCUAGACAGCUGCCUUGAAAAUAUUAUAGAGAUGAAUGUAGCCUUGGUUGAAUUAAGUGGUUCUGACACGGAUGAAGAAGAAAUAAUUUCAGAAGACAGCUCAGAAUCUGAAGAGGACAGUUGUGCAACUGAUGAAGUUACCAUAGACACGAUAAAACUUCCAAAACAAAAAGGAGAAAAGGGCAAAAUAGAAAUUUUGGACAGCAAAGUGAAUGAGUAGAUAGAACUAUUUUCAGAUUUCCAUUUCUGAAUGUAUCAUGUCCUGACUACUUUGAAGGCUUGACCCUUAGAAAACUAGCCAAUUUCCAAGUAUGUGUCACCUGGAAACUGGCGAACUCCCAGUCACUUAUGUCACUGGAAGUACUGUGUUUAGUAGGGUGGAGAGUUUCUUAUGGCUGGGAGAAAAGCUGGAGCUCUUAGGACUAAAUCCUGACCUAUCCCCCAAGCUAUAUAGAAAUGAGUUGCAUCAGGAGGUCAGGGUGGGGAAGAAACAGCAUGAAACUUAGUAAUUUGAGAGGCUGCACUGUAAAGAUUGGCAAGAAAUGUGAAGUUCUUGGCCUGUUGCGAGGUGAAGAACGGGUUACUAGGGUGUGGGGUACUUACUUCAGGAGAGGGAAAUAAGUAGAUUAGAGGAAAACAAAGCUUGUGUUUUGAGAUGAGAAUAAAUAUACUAAGAUAUUGAAGUAUUAUAUACUUGUCUUCACUAGCAAGUACUAAAAACGAGCACACAGUGCUUCAAGAGUUAAGUCUAAGGAAAUAUGCCUAAUUUAUUCUUGCCUCCUUAAUUUUAUAGGGAGCAAUUUGGGCUAUUUUACUGUAUUUAGUUUAGACAUGUUUUGCUUUUCAAAUUAUGCAUCUGAAUGCCUUUGUAGAUUAUAACUUGUUUCUCAAAGAAACAGUAUUUUGUAUAAUAAUUUAAGGUUAUAUUCUUACUGUAUUUACUUAGCUACAGAAGAUUGACUACCAAGCUACAGUUAAGCACAGGAUUAAAAUUAAUUAUUUAAAAUUAUAUUUUUAUUCUGUUUUUCUUAAAGAUAACCAUUUGGAACAUUUGGUCAAGAUGAUCAAUACCAUUUCUAAGCUUUGUUGAAGAGCAUGUCCCCUUAUCUGUCUUUAUUAAUAGGAAAAAUAAAAUCUUACUGCCAUCAAUUGCUAUUGUGAUUCAAUUUAUGGGUUAUUUUAGCUAAAUUAUUAGUCCAAAGCAGGUCCUUUGACUCAUGUUGGUAGUAAUCAAUCUUUCUGAAAAGCAGCAGCACUUGGGAUAUGGGCUUUAUAAAGACACAAUACUGAGAUGGUUAGUUUCCACUUAUGAAUUAUGGUACAUUAGAAUUAAACUGUCCAAACAGUUUUAAAUCUGGAGGGAAGCUGGCCUAAGAUGCAACACUGGACUGCUAGUCUCACGCAUCACUUUAACGUUGCUUCCCACUGGAAGGAGAUUUAGACAUGCCAAUUUUACUCAGCACAGCUAUUUAAUGACCCAUAUCUAUACACAAUAUUCCUUGUGUCUCUGGCUGUUGUAUCAAAGAACCUCCUAAAUAUCAGUCAACUAACAAAAUCCAAGGCAGUUGGGGAACUAGUAUAGUUGUCUGUUGAAGGUACUGUUUCUAUGGUAAAUUAAACACUUCAGGUACCUUUAUUUGGAUAGCCUGGAUACUGUUUUAUACUAAGGUUUGCAGUGGCAUCUUUAUAGACUAAUUUUACUCAAUUGUAUUUCAAAUACACUUUGUCUACAUGCCAAGUGAAGGAAUUAUGCGGUGAUUUAAUGGUACAUUGCACAAUGUGGAUACAGCUUGUUUAUAAUGUCACACUUCAUAAACCUUGAUUAAUGGUUGUGUAAACUGUGUCCAGAACUGAAUAUUUAACUGUUGACCAUGUUUAUGUGCCUGGUAAAUUGAAGGUAAAAAAUUGUCUUCUGGCUAGACCACUUUUACUACAAAAACAUAUAUUCCACAUUAACUUGUGUCUAACAUUGGGCUAUUUAAGUAGGAAAAUAAUUACAUAGAACUAACAAACAGAUAAUUUUGUUCCUGUUAUACCAGCUAGAGAUGAGCCAAAAAAAAAAAAAUCGGUUUUUGGGUUGGUAGCUGAUCUGGAAAAAAACAACAAAAUUGGUUCAUUUCAAACUGACACAAUUUGUUUUUUCUUGCCAAAACAAAAAAAUGUUGUUUGAGUCAAUUCUAACUGACACUUUAAAACAGUUUAAGACUUUAAAUAUUUUCCUUUAAAAGAAAAAAAGGAAAAAAAACCCAAACCCAGCAGCAACUAUUUGCUAAAUUUACACAUGGCUUUGGUCUCACCAAAACUAGUUUUAAGGAAACUUACUUUUCACUAAAAAUCUUCACUGGCUGUAAUACCUGUUUUCAGAAGGUGCAUACAUUUUGGAACAUUGUUCAGCUGAUCUCACAAACUGAUUAAAAAAUUGGUUGUAUCACGCUGUAGCUUUGUGGUACAGUAGUUUCUCUUAAAACGUUUCUUGAAGUACAGAAUGUGCAGUUAUGUUCAUUAUCUUGAAAAACACUUGGUCAUUAUGUCAGAUAUCCUUUCUAUUUAGUACUUGACAAGUAAAAAUACAAUUAAUAUCUGACUUUAUAGCAUAGUAACUGCCUAAUGCCAUAAUCUUGCAUUAAAUUCUCCUUGAGGUAACACAAGUGUAUGUAAUGUGAAAUAAUUAUGCCACAUACAAUAGUGAUAGCAGACACAGCUGGUUUAAAUUUAUUAAUAUAACCACCAUUCACAAUCCCAUAUAAAUUGCACAUUCCACAUUGGCAAAAAGAUUGAAGUUAUUGAAAAUAUUUUCUGCUUAAUAUUCAUAGUUUAACAAAGAUCAUAGUAAGUGCACUUUCUUGCAUUUAUUUACAUUUUAUGGCACUAAGGUUUCCUAUACUGCUGAAAAGUCAGAGCUGUAUACUUUUGUUGAAAAACUUGAUCUGUUUUAUAAAAAACUGUAUAAUGUGCAUUUUAAAGUACAGUUUUAAGAGAAGCUUAAUGACUAAAUGUAUGUUAAAAGGUUUUAAAUGAUCAUGUAAAAUACAUCUUGUAUUAAUAAAAAAUUUAGGCACAUCA